ACGCCUUUUGAUCAAAUCAGAAUACACUUGUAUUUUGCGCAUAUGUUUAAACUUUAUUUCUGAGAUGGUCGCUGCAGGUGGUGCCGGAGGAAGAUUUGGAGAUCUUGCCCUUCCGUACAGGACGAGCAAAUAACGUGCGAUCUUGAGAGAUCGGACCGACGUUCCCGAGUUGAACAGUGAGAAUUGCGUGAGGGUCCCUUAUCGAUGUGAAAAUGGAUCGUGGUUUACUGUCGCGAGCGAUUUUCGGAAUGUUGUUGCUCGGACUUCUUACACCGGCAAGAACUGAUGGGGGGUGUGUUUUCAGUGGAAAAUCCCAGAGCGACUGUCAAGGAACCAAAGGCGAUAUGGGUGAGCCUGGGUUUCCUGGCUUAAAUGGUGUACAAGGAAGGCCAGGGUUUCAAGGAAAUGAGGGUCCUCCUGGAGACCAUGGUCCAAAAGGAAAUAUGGGAAUUCCAGGCAUCCCCGGACCCAAAGGUUCCAGGGGAGCUCCAGGGAAUGCAGGAUUCUUGGGCACACCAGGGCUUCCUGGGUUCCCUGGGAAAAUGGGACCUAGGGGGCCUCCUGGUUUACCAGGAUGCAAUGGCACAAAGGGUGAACCCGGUACACCAGGCAUUAUAGGACUGAGAGGGCAUCCUGGCCCACGGGGAUUUCCAGGCAUCCAAGGACAUAAGGGAGAUACCUAUUACUUCCCACCCAGCAAUGCAGUGAAUGGACUUCCUGGUCUUCCUGGUAGAAAAGGAGAGAAAGGUCUGCCAGGGAUGCCAGGGUUACUGGGACCACUUGGACCAGAGGGGCCUAGAGGUGCAACAGGAAUACAAGGAUUUCCAGGGAUCCGAGGAGAGAAGGGCCUGGAGGGUCGAAGCAUGGGAUUAUCUGGGCCCAGAGGUCAAAAGGUCAGAAUUGCCCUCUUAUACCUUGACUUCUGA